AUGAAGGCCCUCGUCUACGACGGUUCGAAUUCAGUAUCAUUGAAGGAUAAACCACUCCCCACCAUCUCAAAACCAACCGAUGUCAUCGUCAAAGUUACUAAGACAACCAUUUGCGGCACUGAUCUCCACAUUCGCAAGGGCGACGUAGCGACAUGCCAGCCAGGCACCACAUUGGGUCACGAAGGUGUAGGUAUCAUCCACUCAGCGGGAGCUUCGGUCACACGAUUCAAGGAAGGAGACCGAGUCCUCAACUCAUGCAUCUCCAGCUGCGCGACGUGUGAGUAUUGCCGCCGCGGCAUGUACAGUCAUUGCACGUCCGGCGGGUGGAUCCUCGGAAAUACCAUCGACGGCACUCAAGCCGAGUACGUCCGCAUUCCCCACGCUGAAUCCAGUCUCCACCCGAUCCCGGACGGCGCCGAUGACUCCUCACUGGUGAUGUUAAGCGACAUCUUCCCGACAGGACUCGAGUGCGGUGUGCUGAACGGAAAGGUACAGCCGGGCGGUACUGUCGCUAUUGUCGGCUCAGGUCCGAUUGGUUUGGCGGCUAUUAUCACGGCUCAGAUGUAUUCCCCGUCUCAAAUCAUUGCCAUCGACAUGGAUCCGAAGAGACUCGAUGUCGCAAGGCAGUUUGGCGCAACCGAGACUAUUGACAGCUCCAAGGCAGACGCUAUAGCCAAGGUUAAGGAGUUGACUGAGGGCAAGGGCGCUGACUCGGUCAUUGAAGCGGUGGGAAUUCCCGCCACCUUUGAUCUCUGCCAAAGCCUGCUCGCACCUGGUGGUGUCCUAGCGAACGUGGGAGUUCAUGGAACCAAGGUUGACCUUCACCUCCAAAACCUUUGGGAUAAGAACAUUUCAAUCACAACUAGACUUGUAGACACAACAACGACACCAAUGCUUUUGAAGCUUGUACAGUCUGGAAAAUUGCAGCCCUCGCAACUUAUUACUCACCACUUCAAACUUGGUGACAUGGAAAAGGCAUAUGGUACCUUCGGAGAAGCGUCUAAACAUGGUGCUUUGAAGGUUGUGAUUGACGUGGAUUGA